AUGGAGUCUUACUUCCAGUAUAAGCGUAUACAAAGCGCUGUUAGGAAACAACUAGACACAAAAAAGCAUUCCGACGAUGACAGUCUGAGCGGGAGUGCAAAUUCUCAGGUCAAUGAGAAGAAAACACCUGCUACUCCGAAGGGAACGGAUAACCUCGAAGAUCCUAUCAUCCUCGUCGGUUGGGAUGGCAAGGGCGAUCCCCUGAAUCCAGCAAACUAUUGCGUCGGACGCAAGCUCUUUAUGACCAUAUUGGUAUCUCUUAUUGCACUUGCUGUCACGGCAGCAUCUGCGAUUGACGCCUGUGGUGUUCAACAGUAUAGUCAAUAUUACCAUGUCUCAGAGGUUGUUGGGUCUCUCGCUACUGGUCUAUUCUUAAUCGGCUUCGGAGUUGGCUCUCUCCUAUCAGGGCCUUUUUCCGAGACAUUCGGACGCAAUGCGGUGUACCUCAUUACAAUGCUUGUCUUCUUGAUGUUCAUCAUGGCCGCUGGUCUCGCUCCGAAUCUCCAUAGCCACCUUGUCUUCCGAUUCUUCGCUGGGUUCUUUGGUUCAACUCCCCUCAGCUGUGCUGGCGGUACAGUCGCCGACUUGUGGAAUCCGGUACAAAAGGCGUAUGCUUUCCCCGUGUAUGCCAUUCCAGCCUUUUGUGGACCGAUGAUCGGUCAGAUCAUGGGGAGUUAUGUUCCAACUACACUAGGGUGGCGCUGGUUGGAAUGGCUCAUGCUCAUUAUGGGCAGUGCCGUCCUCAUUCUUGUUGUUUUGAUGCAACCUGAGACAUAUGGAAAUCUUCUGUUGCAUUGGAAGGCUUCGAUUCUUCGUCAGGAGACUGGUGAUAAGAGAUAUCGCGCGCCGAUGGAGACGAGGAGUGAGGGUCUUGGACGUCGCUUGUUGAUCGCUAUCUAUAGACCUUUUCUUUGGAGCUAUACUGAGUUGAUUAUCAUGCUCAUGUCGCUGUACCUCACUGUCGUUUAUAUUGUUCUCUUUACCUUCUUGGAGGGAUACACUUACGUGUUUGGUCGGCCUUAUGGGCUUUCACUGGGGCUGACCAACCUCUCGUGGGCUGGUAUGCUUGUUGGUAUUGUCCUCACAGUCGGGACUGUCCCGGUGGUAUACUCUUGGACGGCGAAGGAGUAUCAAAAGACAGGUCGCAUUCUUCCAGAGACACGUCUUUGGUAUGCAAUGCUCGGCGGAGCACCAGCAGUACCUGUCAGUUUAUUCUGGAUGGGCUGGACCUGCUAUCCCUCCGUCUCGAUAUGGUCACCUCUUGUCGCAUCCGCCCUCUUCGGAUAUGGCAUCAUGGCCAUUUUCAUCGUCGCAUAUAUGUACAUUAUCGAUACAUACGAUGUCUACUCCGCUUCGGCGCUGGGCUUCCUCGUUUUCACCAGAUACGUUGUGGCUGGCGGUAUGACAAUCGCUGGUGGUCCAAUUUACGAGGCCAUCGGUCCUCACUACACUCUUACCAUUCUGGGUGCUAUCAGCGCGGCCAUGGCUCCGAUUCCAUAUUUACUUUAUAUCUACGGACCUCGGAUUCGGAAAUUCAGUCAGCAUGCUGUGGAUUUGGAUUGA